AUGGCAGGCAAUAGCAUGCUCGAAACUCAAGACAGGGCUCGUGAUGCCGCUUUCAACAAAGCCUUGCAUGGAAAUUCUGCAGCAGUCAGUGGUGGUGUGCGGGCCAUGUUUGGCAAAGACCGCAGCGCGAAACAGGCCGCUCUGGAUGAAUACUUCAAGCACUGGGACAACCAAGCUGCAGAGGACGAGACCGAAGAGCACCGAAGCAAGCGACGAGCCGAAUACGCCACCCUCACGAGGCAGUACUACAACUUGGCCACGGAUCUCUACGAAUACGGAUGGGGACAGUCGUUCCAUUUCGCUCGAUAUUCCAUCGGAGAGUCGUACUCUCAGGCUAUCGCGCGUCACGAACACUAUCUUGCCACGCAGAUAGGCAUCAAGGAAAACAUGAUGGUCCUUGAUGUUGGUUGUGGUGUUGGAGGCCCAGCCCGUGAGAUUGCAAAGUUUACCGGGUGCCAUGUUACUGGACUGAAUAACAAUGAUUAUCAGCUCCAGCGCGCCACCAUUUACGCCGAAAGAGAUGGGCUCGCGAGUCAGCUCAAGUUCGUCAAGGGAGAUUUUAUGCAAAUGGAAUUUCCCGAUAACAGCUUUGAUGCCGUUUAUGCGAUUGAAGCAACUGUCCAUGCUCCACAGUUGGCGGGUGUUUACGCAGAAAUCUUGCGGGUGUUAAAACCGGGCGGAGUAUUCGGGGUGUAUGAAUGGCUUAUGACUGACAAUUACGAUCACGACAAUCUGCGUCAUCGAGAGAUCCGCCUUGGAAUCGAGCAAGGAGACGGCAUCGCCAAUAUGGUCAAGAUAUCAGAAGGAUUGGAGGCAAUGAAUAUGGCAGGUUUCACAGUGCUUCAUCAUGAAGAUCUGGCAGAACGUCCUGAUCCCAUUCCGUGGUAUUGGCCACUUGCAGGAGACUGGUCCUAUUUGCAAAGCAUUUGGGAUGUACCAACCAUCGCAAGGAUGACCAAGUGGGGACGCUGGAUGGCACACAACCUCUCUGGCGCUUUGGAAACCGUGAGACUUGCACCUCCAGGCACAAAGAAGACAGGAGAGAGUUUAGCCCGUGCGGCCGACUGUCUUGUCGCUGGUGGAAAGGAAAGGUUGUUCACGCCCAUGUAUCUGAUGGUGGGCAAGAAACCAGCCGCAUAA